CCUCUGUGAAUUUGGGCGGUAUUCUCGGCGGAAGAAUUCCUUUGUAGCUCAUAGAGUUACCUUUCAUCCCUUCUCUCGUCACAAUUGUUUGAGGUCCAAGUCCUUUCAGUGUCGAUAACUUCGAGAGAGUUGCUCCGUUAUGGAGAGUAAAAAGUUUGAGAAAUAUUUUCGAAUUGCACAUGUGGGAGGUGAGGGUGUGCUCCACAGCUGCUUGAAGUUGUACGCGUUUGAGCUGAGCAGCAGUCCUCAGUCAGACGACCUAGCUUUUCAUAACUUUUUUGCGGCUCCUCACAGCUGGCAACCAUGGCUGAAGAUGUCCUCUCAACUUGCUGCGAACAAGGAUAAAUUCUCUACUUCCAUGAUUCCAUUGUGAUGGCCAACAACAAUCCCGAAGUGGCAUUGCACGCACCCACCUCAUUCAGCCCAUGGACCCUUCGCUGAUGCCUGGCUUCAUGCGAAUUGUUCCGUGAGGAACGGAGCAGGAUGGUCCGCCCCACAUCGAUUGGAUAUUGACGACUGGGCAAGUAUACAACGUUAUAUUCCCCGUCGAAACAUUUCUCUUCGGAGACAUCUGAUAAAAUUGGAAUGAUACAGAGAAGAAUAACAUGGCCCCUGCGCAAUGACUACACGCACAAAUCGAGAUAUGGUCCAGAUUUUGUUCCACUUUCUUAUCUGGUUUGCGAGAUUAACCGCCUUGGUGAUUUUCCUUGUUCGAAACCGGCUGCUCAUAAGUAUUGGGGUCGGUCAGUUUCAACCAGCAAAAAAUUCCUAAAAUAGGUCAACAUCGAGAAAGCAUUUCCUUCAGCCCUAAUGUCGGUUUCUUAUCACGGUCUUCAUUAUUUUCACGUUUAGCUAACCAUUCUACAGUAUAGGGAUGCGUUUCCACUGAUUCUUUAGUCAACUUUAAAGAGUAUUUGCAGCAUCAAAUCUGCAAGAUAGACACCCUGGCUGCAGAAUACAAGAAGCAAAGAUGGGGAUUCUGAGGAUUAUAACAGAAGGCCCCUUCAUGGGUACCUUUGCUGUAAUCAAUAGGCCCUGUUUAUAACUGAUCGCACGGUCAGAUGACAGUGGGUCUGACAGACGAGGGUGGCCCAGGGUUUUAGGGUUUGGAGAUCCUCUGAAGUACGAGCUCUGUACCCAAGGCCUAGUUUCUGUGGAAGUUUGUGUUACUUUUGUGUUGCGGAAGCUCCUCACACAAGCUUCACCAUCAUGGUGCACGUCGCGUCGUUUCGUAACUAUGGGAAGACCUUCAAGAAGCCACGCAGGCCAUUUGAAAAAGAACGUCUAGACGCUGAGCUGAAGCUCGUAGGAGAAUACGGUCUCCGCAACAAGCGUGAGCUGUGGAGGGUCCAGUACGUGUUGAGCCGUAUCCGCAAUAAUGCGCGUAUGCUGCUUACUCUUGAUGAGAAAAACACCCGCCGCAUUUUCGAAGGAGAGGCUCUCCUGCGACGCAUGAAUCGAUAUGGACUUCUCGAUGAGAGCCAGUGCAAGCUCGAUUACGUUCUUGCUCUCACUGUUGAAAAUUUCUUGGAGCGACGCCUGCAGACUCUUGUUUUCAAAUCUGGCAUGGCCAAGUCCAUCCACCACGCCCGGGUGUUGAUCAAGCAGAGGCACAUUAGAGUUGGAAAGCAAAUUGUUGAUGUUCCAUCAUUUAUGGUCCGACUUGAGAGCCAAAAACAUGUAGACUUUGCUCUGUCUAGUCCUCUUGGUGGUGGCAGACCUGGAAGAGUGAAACGAAAGUACAUGAAGGCUGCAUCCAAGAAAGCCUCAGGUGGUGAUGACGAGGACGAGGAGGACGAUGAGUAGAUACAAGGACACUUCACGCUUACCCGGGGACUCAGUUCUGUUGUGAAGGCAUAUUUUCAGAGGUUUUAAGAAGUAAAAGUAGUGUUCGCAACGUGUAUAUAACUCUCUGCAACUGACCUGAUAGUAAAAUUUGAUUUUUCGAUUCUGUACAUCCUCCGUGUUCAGCAGAUCCUCAGUAAUAGCUUGGGUUCGAGUGUCAAACAUAUCUUUUUAAGUUGGUUUCGAACCCUGUCACGGACCUGAACUGUGAUUUCUGCUGCUCAACCUUGUCUUGGCGACCUCUGGUGGCUAAUGUUCUUGUUAUUUGAUUCGUUAUGUUUGCCUGGUU